AUGGCGGCGCCUCCGGCCGACGAGCGGCAGCGGCAGGCGUGGGACGAGGAGGAGGCGGACGACGCCGUCGCUGGUCCGUCGACGGAGCAGGUGUUCGAGGGGGAGCCGGUGCCGACGCUGCCGGAGAUGAUCACGGCGCGGUCGGUGGCCGUGGGCGUCGUCCUGGGCGUGGUGCUCAGCGCCGUGGCCAUGAAGCUGAGCCUCACCGCGGUGUACCUGCCCUUCCUCGCCAUCCCCGCGGGGCUCAUGAGCUUCUUCCUCUCCCGGUGGUGGGUGCGCCUGCUCGACGGCUGCGGGGUGGCGCAGCUCCCCUUCACGCGCCAGGAGAACGCCGUGAUCCAGACCUUCGUCGUCUCCUGCGCCAACAUCGCCUACACCGGCGGCUUCGGCUCCUACAUCCUGGCGAUAAGCAGGACCUCGGCCGUGGACGGCGGCCCCGAGAACAGCGGCGGCAACGUCGCGGAGCCCCAGAUCGGCCGCCUCAUGGCGUUCCUCUUCCUCACCAGCUUCGUCGGCGUCUUCGCCGUCAUGCCCUUCAGGAACAGCCUCGUCAUCCGGCACAACCUCCCGUUCCCCACCGGCAUGGCCACGGCGCACUUCAUCAACAGCAUCCACACGCCGCACGGCGCCAAACAAGCAAGCAUGCAAGUGUCAGUCAUGUUCAAAACCUUGGGUGGAGCAAUCAUGUCGUCGCUCUGGCAGUGGUUCUACGAAGGCGGCAUGCACUGCGGCUUCCGGUCGUUCCCGAUUUUCGGCCUCACCGCAGCUCGGUUUGGGUUCUUCUUCGACUUCUCGAUGACCGACAUCGGCAUCGGGUUCUUAAGCCCGUACAAGGUCACCAUCUCGAUGCUCGUGGGAUCCGUGGUGUCCUGGGGGAUCAUGCUGCCGUACAUCAUGACCAAGGAGGGCUCCUGGUACCCUCGUGGCAUCGGCGGCAUCAACGCAUACCGAUGGUUCAUCGAGAUAUCCAUGGUCCUCGCCGACGGCCUCUUCCACAUGCUCUGCAUCCUGCUCCGGACGCUCCGCGAGAUGCGCAGGCGGCGGCUCUCCCGGCUCACCACGCUGCCGUCCAUGUGCCUCGGCGCCGACGACCGGCCGCCGGCGCGGAGCUUCGACGACCGGCGGCGGGCGCAGGUGUUCCUCCGCGACCGGGUGUACGACCCGGCCGCCGUCGUCGGCAACAUCGCUCUGUCAGCCGUCUCCAUCGUCGCCAUACCGCGCCUCUACCCGCAGCUGAGGUCCCACCACGUCGCCGUCGCCUACCUCACCGUGCCCCUGUUCGCCUUCUGCAACACGUACGGCAUCGGCAUGACGUCCGCGAACCUCGGGCCCACGUACGGCAAGAUCGCCGUGCUCGCCUUCGGCUCGUGGGUGGGGCUCCAGAACGGCGGCGUGGUCGCCGGGCUCGCCGUCGGCGUCAUCAUGCUGUCCGCCGUCAUCACCGCCGCCGACCUCAUGCAGGUCUUCAGGACGGGCUACCUCACCCUCACCUCGCCGCACGCCAUGCUCAUCAGCCAUGUCGCCGGGACGGCGCUUGGCUGCGUGAUCAACCCGCUCAUCUUCUGGAUGCUGUACGGGGCGUACAACGGCGGCGACGGCGUCCCCGUCGCCCCCUACGCCAAGGUGUACCGUGGCAUGGCCAUUCUCGGCGUCUCCCAGCAGGCGUUCCCCAGGCACAGCCUGCUGCUCAGCAUGGUCUUCUUCGCCGUGGCGCUGGCCAACAGCGUGCUCCGCGAGGUGUCCGCGCGGAGGGGGUGGCGCGUCGGGCGGUACCUCCCGUGCACCAUCGCCGUCGCCAUCGCCUUCUUCAUGCCGCCCAAGGUACCCAUCGGCAUUUCCAUCGGGAGCAUCGGGAUGUACCUGUGGAGGAGGCUCGACGGCGACGGCGCGCGGCUACGGUCGCCGGCGGUCGCCGCCGGUCUGAUCUGCGGGGACGCUCUCGGCUCCGUGCUCCGGUCCAUGCUCAUGCUGUCCAGGGCGCGCCCACCGAUCUGCCUCAUGUUCCUGUCGCCAAGAGCGAGUGAGCGCCUGGAUGCUGUCCUGGCAACGUAUAUGUAG